GACAUAAUGUCACUUUUCAAGCGUAAUAUCAGUGCCGAAUGACUAUGCUAAUUACAGGCAGAGGCAUAAGCCAAGCUAUCAAGGUUUUCGGGCUUUUCAUGAAAAAACAACUGGUUGAUUCUUGCAAUAGGAAUAUGGUGAUCUCGGAAAAUCAGCAUGGUUUUAUCAAUGACUUCUCUUACGCCUCCGAUAAUGUUGAUCAUGAGUUGCUGCUGUAUAAGUCGUGCAGAUAUGCAGUUCGGGGAUUGCCACUACAACGAUGUGACAGUAAUUGAGGCUGGUGUGUUCCCCAAGGAUUAGUCCUGGAGCAUUUCCUUUUUUACUAUAUGCGAAUGAUCUCAGUAAAUAUCUGCCGAAUGCAGUUUCAAGUUGUGAAAUUAUAUCAUAUGUGGAUGAUACUAACAUCUUAUUGACCAGUUCUAGUAAUAUUGAACUUUUUCAUAAUAGUGAACCAGAAUUCACAGCCGCUCAAAAAUGGUCGGUCAACAAUGGCCUUAUAUUAAAUACAGAUAAGACCCAAUCAAUGAAUUUUCGCUAAAAGAUA